UUUCAGCAGGACGUAUUGACUAUCCAGGCGAUCUCGUUGGUCUUUGUACGUUAGUGGUGCUGGCUGUUGUUUUUUUGUUUAAACUUUUAGUAAAAUGCAUGUGUGGUUUGUAUACAUUAAAGACAUAUAAAAACAGAUUAAGGCGGUAACGAAUUUAUUUAUUUUUAAUGCAAUGUAGCUAAGCAACUGGCUUAGUACUGUUCCAAUUUAAUGCUCAGAGGCCACCAUUUUAAACCCUGUUAUGCAUCUUUGAAGAGCUGACAAUCACCUUUCCAAAUGGAACCAGACAAUGAUGUUGCAUUGGACAUUAUUAUUACAAAUGUCGUGUCUGUUUUUAGAACAAGGUGCCAUUUAAAUCUACGAACAAUUGCACUGGAGGGAACAAAUGUCAUCUACAAACCAGAUGUAGGGAAGGUUCUGAUGAAACUAAGAAAGCCCAGAAUCACUGCUUCAAUAUGGUCUUCAGGAAAGAUUAUUUGCACAGGAGCUACGAGUGAAGAAGAAGCUAAAUCUGGUGCCCGGAGAUUAGCACGAUGUCUACAAAAACUUGGUUUUAAGGUGAAAUUCACAGAUUUUAAGAUUGUUAAUGUGUUGGCUGUCUGCUCAAUGCCCUUUGAAAUCCGACUUCCAGAGUUCACAAAGAAAAACAGACCUUUUGCUAGUUAUGAGCCAGAAUUGCACCCUGCAGCAUCAUACAGGAUUAAGAAUAUCAAAGCUACCCUACAGAUUUUCUCAACAGGAAGCAUCACUGUCACAGCCCCAAAUGUACAGUUUGUUGCGGCAGCUGUUGAACAAGCCUAUCCUUUGUUGUCUGAAUGCAGGAAAAUAAUCAGAUAAAAAUGGGGAUAUCUUUGUUUUUAAAGCACCUUAUUCAUUAUGACAUUCUGUAUAAUGUUUCAGACAAGCUGAUACUUUUGUUAAUUUUGUUUUCUGGCGAGGUACUGCUUUCUGUGGUACACAGUUAUGUAUUUCAUUAACAAUGCGCUAUUGUUCAGUGUCAACAGGAAACACGGAUAUCAGAUUGUUUGAAGCAAUGUAACAUACUUUAAUGUAAUGCACUUCAUGUAAAAACAGCAACAUUCUGAGUGAGCAUGUAGAUUUUACUUUAAUCUUUUCUCUGCAUGAUCACCAAAGAACAAAACUUUUUUUAAUCAAAUUUUUAAAAAUUCUUAAUGAUAAAAAGCAAUAUGUGACAGGUGAACAAUUGUUUGAAGCAACUAGUUUUUUUUCCGUAGAUCCUUUUGAAAACAGUUCUAGAUAUUCUCCCUUUUAUUUGAAUGAUGUUUUUAUUCCAGAAACAAUAGAGAUACACAAUGUUCAUGAAACAUCAACAUGACUAUUCUGCACCGUGUAUUUAUCAAAACAAACACUAAAUUAAUAACUGAUUAUCCAUUAUGGGGACAACUGUUACUAAUAUGGUAACAGCUUCUUGACAAGAACACUUGUUGUAUUGUGAAGGACGUGUUUUUCAGUAUGUUUAUGAAUUUUGUAUUUUGUACAAUAAAAUAUAUGAUCUAAUACCUGAA